UGGCUGGACCGGAUAAAAGGGCGCAGAUUUUUCCUUCCUUCCUCAGGCUUUUGUCUCUACAAUACCUGUUCCCCACUAUAUGAGUUAUACUCCAUUAACCAUGCCAGAAAUCACCGUUGGCAGAUGGCUCCCAAAGGACCCAGCAGUCGUUGAAGCGUUCGUGAGCAACUUGCUCGUGCACAGUCGUGUUAUCCACGGCCGUCACCCUAAAACCUGCGUGCGUUUUGCGGAGGUGGGAGAGAACCUGGAGACGGCGAUAAGCAGAACCGACAUUCAGUUCGACCUAAACCGCUUGCGGUGCCACUAUCGCAUCACCGUCGGCCAGGAGCAGGUUUAUACUGUCCGCGCAUUGCACCCUAUAGUGCAGGAAUUCCAAGAUUUCAUCGAGAGCGAGGUUGUGGUCUAUACUGCAUUCAACGAGAUGUUCGAACAAGCUCCCCCGCCUCAGAACCCGGACCAAGAAAAGAUCAAAGACUAUGUUGACUUGAUGGAGAUGAUCGACACAAAUCUGUCGACAGCACCCAAGUAUAGUGAUGACCCCGUGAGCGCUAUGGUAGCGGGCGUUCCCUAUUACGGUAUCAUCUCGCGGUUUUGCAACACUCCCGCGGGCUAUAUCGCGUUCACCCAUCCCGGAGUCAAUGAGAGAUUCUACAGGGUGUUCACGGAAUGGCACAGGUUCCUCACGAAGCCAGAAUCCACCAGCGUCCUCAACACGACAGACGGCUGGCUUAGUCCUGAUGCGCUCAAGGCUAUUGUCAAAAGUUCUGGUGGUGACCCCGACAAGGAUACGUUUGAAAGCUUCUUUGAGUGCAAUCCCGACGAUCCUACCUAUGGUUUCAACUGCUAUGACGAUUUCUUCGUCAAGGAGUUGCAUCCCAGACACCGUACCCCUGUUUUCCCCGACGACCCAACGAUCGUCAAUUCUGCAUGCUGGUCUACUGUCCACAAGCUUUACUACAGCCUCAAGGAGACCGACAGAUUCUGGAUCAAAAAUACUCCUUACUCUCUCAACAACAUCCUCGCCAAGGAUGAGCUUGUUGAUACCUUCGUCGGCGGGACCCUUCUCCAGGCUAUACUUGAUGCUAAAGACUACCACCGCUGGCUCAGUCCCGUGAAUGGUACUGUCGUAAAGACACGCCUAAUUUCUGGCGCGACGUAUCGUGACUCGCCGUCAGUCCCGCAUCCAACCUAUUACGCGGCUCGCUUGGACGAUGACGAUAAGGAUCUGGACGUCAUCUCCCGCUCGCAAGAUUUCGUCUCGAACGUCUCCACACGUGCUUUGAUCUUCAUCCAAGCUGAGGAGCCCGUUGGCUUGAUGUGCUUCGUGGGUGUUGGCUUGGGCGAGGUGUCGACCUGCAACGUGAUCGUCGAGCAGGGCCAGAAGCUCUGCAAAGGAACUGAGCUUGGCCAGUUCCACUUCGGAGGAUCUACCCACUGCCUCAUUUUCCGCCGUGGCUUGACUGUGAAGCCACUUGAUCAAGACGGCGAAGAUUUGGUAGGAUCGAAGGUGCGAGUUGGCAAAGACAUCCUCACCGUAACAAAGCAGAAUUGAGUUGAUAGCUUUGCUCGCAUGUUGAUGUAAACCUUACGAACAGUGUCAUUUCUCGUGUGUACGAUAGCGUAGUUGAAUUGGUGUGUUGACGUCUUUGUAUACGAUGUAACAUAUCAGGCUUUACGAAGGCGGUGUCAUCUUUAUGCAAAC